GUUCCUUCUCGGCGUUUCCGCGGAGGGAUCUCCGCGGGGCGGUGUCCGCCGCAGCCUAUAUAAGGCGGCGCCGGGCGGGGCGCAGCGAGUUCCGUCGAGGCCCGUCGUUCCGUCGCCGCUCUGCUGUGUGCUGCCGCCGCCGACAAUGCAGAUCUUUGUGAAAACUCUAACUGGCAAGACCAUCACCCUGGAGGUGGAGCCCAGUGACACCAUCGAGAAUGUCAAGGCAAAGAUCCAAGACAAGGAAGGCAUCCCCCCGGACCAGCAGAGGUUGAUCUUUGCCGGCAAACAACUGGAAGAUGGGCGCACCCUGUCUGACUACAACAUCCAGAAGGAGUCCACCCUGCACCUGGUGCUGCGUCUCAGAGGUGGGAUGCAGAUCUUCGUGAAGACCCUGACAGGCAAGACCAUCACCCUGGAGGUGGAGCCCAGUGACACUAUCGAGAAUGUCAAGGCAAAGAUCCAAGACAAGGAAGGCAUCCCCCCCGACCAGCAGAGGUUGAUCUUUGCCGGCAAACAACUGGAAGAUGGGCGCACCCUGUCUGACUACAACAUCCAGAAGGAAUCCACCCUGCACCUGGUGCUGCGUCUCAGAGGUGGGAUGCAGAUCUUCGUGAAGACCCUGACAGGCAAGACCAUCACCCUGGAGGUGGAGCCCAGUGACACCAUCGAGAAUGUCAAGGCAAAGAUCCAAGACAAGGAAGGCAUCCCCCCCGACCAGCAGAGGUUGAUCUUUGCCGGCAAACAGCUGGAAGAUGGGCGCACCCUGUCUGACUACAACAUCCAGAAGGAGUCCACCCUGCACCUGGUGCUGCGUCUCAGAGGUGGGAUGCAGAUCUUCGUGAAGACCCUGACUGGCAAGACCAUCACCCUGGAGGUGGAGCCCAGUGACACCAUCGAGAAUGUCAAGGCAAAGAUCCAAGACAAGGAAGGCAUCCCCCCGGACCAGCAGAGGUUGAUUUUUGCCGGCAAACAGCUGGAAGAUGGGCGUACCCUGUCUGACUACAACAUCCAGAAGGAGUCCACCCUGCACCUGGUGCUGCGUCUCAGAGGUGGGAUGCAGAUCUUCGUGAAGACCCUGACUGGCAAGACCAUCACCCUGGAGGUGGAGCCCAGUGACACCAUUGAGAAUGUCAAGGCAAAGAUCCAAGACAAGGAAGGCAUCCCCCCGGACCAGCAGAGAUUGAUCUUUGCCGGCAAACAACUGGAAGAUGGGCGCACCCUGUCUGACUACAAUAUCCAGAAGGAGUCCACUCUGCACCUGGUGCUGCGUCUCAGAGGUGGGAUGCAGAUCUUCGUGAAGACCCUGACGGGCAAGACCAUCACCUUGGAGGUGGAGCCCAGUGACACCAUCGAGAAUGUCAAGGCAAAGAUCCAAGACAAGGAAGGCAUCCCCCCCGACCAGCAGAGAUUGAUCUUUGCUGGCAAACAGCUGGAAGAUGGGCGCACCCUGUCUGACUACAACAUCCAGAAGGAGUCCACUCUGCACUUGGUCCUGCGCUUGAGGGGAGGUGUCUAAGUUUCUUUCCCUUUUCUUUUAAGCUUUUGACAAGUUUCAUUGCACUUUUCUCUCAAUAAAGUUCUUGCAUUCCAA